AUGCCACCGGAGGCGGGUACCUCCGCCGCCUCGAGUGCUCGUUCGGGUACAGCGCAGUCCCGCAGAGGCCAGCCACGCUCAAAUCCGCCUAUGCAGCGCUCCGAGUGGGUCAUGUGGGUCGGGAACGUGCCCUCCGACGCGUCGUACGACGAGCUCUGGCGCUUCCUUAAUCGCACGCCGACGCCGCCCGCCUCUUCGUCUGCCUCUUCGUCGAGCUCGCGAAAUAAUGUCUGGGGCGGCCUGAUGUCCAUCUUCCUCAUUACGCGUUCGAACUGCGCGUUUGUGAACUUCACCAGCGAGGCGCACCUGCUUGCGGCGAUCGACCACUUCAACGGGCAGCAGCUCCGGCCAGGCGACCCGCGCUGUCCGCGACUCGUGUGCCGCGUGCGCGGACGCGAGGAUGACCUGAAGGCGGGCGUCGGCGGGCAGCGCGGCGCGGGCCUGCACGUACGCUGGAUCCGCAACCAGAAGGAGAAGGCGGGGAGCCGGCGCGGGCGCCGGGCGAGGAAAUGCGCAGGCGGGAGACAUCGGUACGGCCCUCACCCGCACUCGAGCAGCUCGGGAUCAUAUGCGAGUACGAGCUCGAGCAUCCUCAUGCAGCAUUUUCCGAAGCGCUACUUCAUCUUAAAGUCUUUGACCCAGCGAGACUUGGAUAUCAGCGUGAAGGAAGGCCUCUGGGCCACGCAGAAGCACAACGAGCUGACGCUCGACCAGGCGUAUCGGACCAGUAAGGAGGUGUAUCUCAUUUUCGGCGUGAAUAAGAGCGGCGAGUUUUACGGCUACGCAAGGUACGAGGGCCCGUCGUGGGGCGAACCGUUCAAGGUGCAGUGGAUCCGCACCGAGCGGCUACCGUUCUACCGCACACGACAGUUGCGCAACCCGUGGAAUCACGACCGCGAGGUGAAGGUGUCGAGAGAUGGCACGGAGUUGGAGCCGGCGGUAGGCCAGGCGUUGCUGGAGGAGUGGGACAAGCCUGCGCCGCCGUCGCCCCCUGCUGAGGCGCCCGUGGGGGAGCGACGGGCGAGGGGCCCCGCGACGGGGAACCCCAGCUGCUAG